UGGUUGUCAUAAUUUUUGGUAUAGUAGUUGUGACUCAUUCACACUAUAUACAUUUGGCUUCCGCAACAAUGACAACCAUUAGCAUGUUGCCCAAACUCAACGUGCUUCAAUUGAAGAACGGAGCCUUUCGUUUAAGAAUAGCAUGGGAAGUAACAGAGAUGGGAUUUCCUGAACUAAAAUUCCUGCUCCUUGAGGAGUUGAAUCUUGUUUACUGGAGAGCCGCUGAUGAUUAUUUCCCAUGCCUUGACCGCGCAAUUAUUAGAAAUUGUAGGUACUUAAAUGAGAUUCCUCAAGGAUUCACAGAUAGUGUGACACUACAGCAAAUUGAGUUACAUGGAUGUCAUCCUUCCCUUGUGACUUUUGCUGAGCAGAUCCAGAAAGAGCAAUUAGAGAGUUUGGGAAGCGACAUGCUUAAAGUUUAUGCCUUUGACACAAUUAGAGACAGAUACAUUAAUACGGAGAUUAUGGAGAAGCAGUAGAGGAAGUUGUGGAAAAGGUUGAAGAAGAUUAUUGAGCAAACUGUUUUUAAGGUAAACUUGUGAGGAAAUGUGUUGCCCUCUCUGCAAUAAUGGGAGAUGGAUGUACCACAGUUUUGCCCUCUCUGCAAUAGUGGGAUUGAGAGUAGAUCACCCCUAUUUUGUGUGUCGUUUGUAUGUAUUUUGGAUGUUGAGAGUAUGUAAUUUGUAUCUUCAAUGUAUUACUGGACAUACUGUAACAUCCACACUAGGGGUGUACAUAGA